AUGAGCUCUCCAGACCUUCAAAAAAGGAUGGUAACCCGGCCCGACAACUUGUACAAGACUCCGCCAGGCUCUAGAGGUGUAAGUCCUUCGAGGAAAACUAACAAAAGCGUUAAAUCCAGUCCUGCACCGUCUCCGAAUCGCACAGGUCGAAGUCCAGCGAGUCCCGACCGCGGACGAAAUGUCACUCCCGAAAGGGGGAGGGUGAAGUCCAGGGGAAACAGCCCUGCGAGUUCCAGGGGACUGACGAAGUCCAGGGGAAGCGAGUGUGGUAGUAUAGAACGUUUGGAUAUCGAUAACAAUCUUCAAAGAAUCAUAACAAGUUACAAUCAAACAGAAGAUAACAUCAAUGUGGUUGUCCGAGUGAGACCUCUUGGCGAUAAGGAAACAAGAAAUGGAGAAUCGAACGUUAUCCAAUUUCCCGGAAACGGACAAGUCCUGGUUGAUGGCAAGCCAGGCGGUCCGAGCGGAGACCGCAAACCCAAACUGUUCUCUUACAACGUGGCAUUCGAACCCGCGGCGACGCAGGAAGACGUCCUGCAGUACUCAGGGAUGACCAGAUUGAUCGAGAUGGCCGUGGAGGGUUUCCGGUGCACUUGUUUUUGCUACGGCCAGACCGGAAGCGGAAAGACGCACACGCUCACCGGACCUCCGGGACUCUUUGGUUUAAAGAAGACCCCGUAUAGUGAUAAACACGGACUGGUUUUCCGUUCCUUCCUGUAUAUGUUCAAACUAAUUCAAGAUAAACCGGAUGUACAUUUUGUGUUAAAAGCUAGUUUUUUGGAAAUAUACAAUGAAAAAGUUAUAGAUUUGUUGAAUCCUGGCAGCGCCCGCAAGCCUCUUGCGGUGAGGUGGAGCAAAAAAGCCCGAGGAUUUUUUGUGGAGAAUUUAUUUACCGUUGAUUGCGAGGAACUGGAUGAUUUGAUAGCGGUUUUGGAGGAGGGAGUAAGGAAUAGAUCGGUGGGGAAACACAAUAUGAACGACUAUUCAAGUCGAAGUCACACCAUCUUAUCCGUGCAUAUAACUUCAGAAACGCCAGCAGAGAAUGGCGUAUUUUUAUCGAGAUCUGGAAAAAUAAAUUUUGUUGAUUUGGCUGGCAGUGAAAUGACCAAAAAGACACAAAGUGAAGGAAAAACUUUGGAGGAAGCAAAUAAUAUUAACAAAAGUCUCAUGGUUUUAGGAUACUGUAUAUCAUCUUUGAGCGACUCAAAAAGAAAAGGAUCUCACAUUCCAUACAGGGAUUCCAAGUUGACGAAGCUAUUAGCUGAUUCAUUGGCUGGCAAUGGAGCAACUUUAAUGAUAGCCUGUAUUUCUCCUGCAAAAUCUAAUGUGAGCGAAACGGUUAACACUCUUCGAUAUGCAGCAAGGGCAAAGAAAAUUCGGACCAAACCGAUUGUUUUGAUGGACCCUCGCGAAGCCUUGAUCCUGAACCUGAAGCGCGAGGUCACCGUUCUGCAGAGCGAGAACGACCAUCUCCGAUCUGCUUUGAACGUGUACUCGGCCUCUUCCGCCGCACCAGGAGACGCGUUAACAGAAAAACGACCUCUAGUGACGACACCACCCCACGUAGAUCUAGAAGAGCUCGCCAAACUCGAAGGGCCUCAGCUGGCGGAACUCGUUAGGCUCUACAUGAAAGAAAACGAAGCCUUACGCCUUGACAACGGAGAACUGUACUCUUCGAGAGAGAUGCUGCAACGGGACCACGAGAUCGUGUGCAGGGAAAACGAGAGGUUGCUGAAGAAGCUGGAGGAAGUGAACUCAAUAUGUUGUAGAUCGCCGAUGAUACAACGGCCUGCGUUUUCCGCAGAUGCUUUGAAUUCUUCGGAUACUUCGACGAAUAUUUGGACUAGCACUGAAUCGGAAAAGGAACAGGGUAAAAAUUCUUCCAAUAAUGUUCCAGACUACAUAGAAAAAGAAUUGACUAAAAGACAAAUUGGCAAUGGUACUGGAAUAUUCGGUCAUAAAAGACACAACUCCUGGGACGAAAGAAGCAACGACUCCAAAAAUGACAGAAUAAAAAGUUCGGAAUCAGAAGGAAAAAUUGAUAGAAAGAAAAACUCCCUCCAAAAACCCCUCAAACCUAAUGGAGGCAACAGGCGAUUUUCGGUGGCUCAGAAAAAUUUAUCUGAGGCCGCCAAAAAGGAUUUUGCCAGCAAAAAUUCCGAACUUUUUGGAAGCGCCAUUUCGUUAACCGACGACGAAGAUUUGUAACAAUUAAUUAAGAACAAUAGAUACUUUCAAAGAGUUGAUUUAUAAAAUAUGUUUAUAGGACUAUAUCAUAGCAAUAUUUUUCGAGAUAAGAGAUUGUUAUAUUUUGUUUGUGUAUGUUUAUUAAUAAAGCAUUUAUUUUAAAA